AUGGCUAGCUACUAUGACUCCACGGCCUUUAGGAGGUCCGGGAGCAUCAGGAGCGAUGAUGAAGUCAUUGUCGAAGGGCCAAUUGAAAUUGAGGGCUCGGUCAAGUCGGGAAGUAGUAUUAGACUGGAAGGCGAGGUGAGCGUGAGGGACAAGAUGGACGCCUACGGAGGCAUUGAGAUGAAUGGGAGCAUUAGUUGCGGCGGCCGGAUUAAGGCGUAUGGCAACAUUGUGGUGUCGGGAUGCCUGUCUGCCAGAGACAAGAUCAAAGCAUACGGAAAGCUCAAGGUUGUCGGAACUCUCGAAGGAACUGAGUUGGAGAUUUACGGAAACGUGAGCAUCACGGGAUGUCUCAAGUGUCGUCGUCUGGUUGUCUACGGAAACUUGACCCUCAUUGGACCCGAGUCGGGUUAUUUCGUUGAACAGCCUGCAGAGAUCGCGGGUGCGACCAUGAUGAGGGAGACGGAGCCCGACUGGGACUGGUAA